CACCUCCGCUCUCCGCCUGUGCGUGGAAAGUUUUGCCCUCUCUUCCCAGCCGAUUAGCCUCAGUGAUGAACCGUGGGCGGCUGCAGAGAAGCAACAGCAGGAACACCAACCUGGAUACGGGAUGCGUUUGACUUAGAUCAGGCUAAUGACGCAACGGGUUUACUCACCGCAGCCUAAAACGGCGAGGAACAGGACGCUGCUUGCAGGGAUUCCCGGGUCUCCUAUGACCGAGAGCUGGCUGAAGCUGACAGAUAUAACGUGACAGCUUCACGGACUUCAGGAAAUUAGCCUCUCUAGAACGCCAGAUGUGAACUUUCAGCAUGGGAUACGUCAGGCUGGCUUUUCUCUUACUCGCUUUCAGUGGAGGAGCGCGCAUGUUGGAGUUUGGAUCUGAAAUUGUUUUCUCCAUAGCGCCGACCAAGAAAGUUCUUACCACAUCUGGCCAAGAAUGCAAGUUCCCUUUUCGUCAGGGUGGAUGGCUCCAUCACCGCUGCAUCACCACCUCCGGCUCCAAACCAUGGUGCUCCCUCACACACAACUUUGACCGGGACAGACAGUGGGGCUUCUGUGCUCAAUCUGUUGGUGCGUCUCGCAGAGAACUCGACCCCUGUCGCUGGAGGAAUCCCUGUCAGAACGGAGGCGUCUGCACAGCGAUCCCACAAACGGAAACUUUUCAGUGCUCGUGUCCCGAGAAGUUCACCGGGAGACACUGCGAGCAAAAGAAGUGCUAUGAAGCCACACACCUGCGGCGCUAUGACACCGGAGAGUCUUGGGGACGAAUUCACCUCCGUAACGUGGAACAGUGCACAUGUGAGGCGGGGGAAAUCAGCUGUCAAAGAGUCCACUACACAAAGUGUCGCAGAAACCCUUGUAAAAAUCAGGGAAUAUGUCGGCUGAUCACGUCCACCGGAAAGGAGGUGUGUUACUGCAGAAACAGUUAUGGUGGACCCGACUGCAGCCUUGUGCCAGAGACUAAGUGCUACAAAAGCAGGGGCACGGGCUACAGAGGAAUGGUGGGCACCGCUGAGUCCGGCGCCCGGUGUCUGCCCUGGAACUCCGACCUGCUCUUCGACGAGCUCCACCUCGGCACGGUGAACGCGUCGACCCUCAAAGGUCUCGGGGAGCAUGCCUUCUGCAGAAACCCAGAUGGGGACGUGAAGCCGUGGUGCUACACAGUAACUGACAGCGCCAUCUCCUGGGAGUACUGCAAGGUCCCCUCCUGCGUGACGCCAGAUUGGCAACAGCUGACAGCUGCUUCUCGACGGAUUAUCCCGUUCAACGCCCUGCCUAACAUCAAAAAGCCCAACUCCUCCAAGCGAGCCGGAAAGCCUGUGUGCGGGGUAAAACACAAAAAGAGGUUAGCGGUAGCCAGGGGUCGGAUAUUUGGAGGAAACGCAGCCCUGCCGGGAACUCAUCCGUGGAUGGCAGCCAUUUAUACUGGACAGUCUGAUUUCUGCGGCGGCAGUCUGAUCUCCUCCUGCUGGGUCCUCUCUGCUGCUCACUGCUUCCUCAGCAACCCUCUGAAGUCUCAGCUGCGCGUGGUUCUCGGUCAGCACCACUUCAACAUCACCGGUCCCAACACUCGGACUUUCGACGUGGAGGACUACGUCUUCCAUAAACACUUCUCCAUUUUUAAUCCGACGCUACACGACAUCGUUCUAAUCAAGCUGAAAAAGCAGGACGGGCGGUGUGUGAGGAGAACCCCGUUCAUCAGGCCCAUCUGCCUCCCAGAAAAGAGCAUGAAGUUUCCCGCAGGCUACUGCUGCGCGAUCAGCGGCUGGGGACGCACGCGUGAAAAGGCAAAUGGUUACUCUACUCUGCAGGAGGCAGGAGUCAGGCUGGUUUCCCAUGACAUCUGCAAGCGGCCACAAGUGUACGGGAACCACGUCACCGACGACAUGAUCUGCGCGGGGCUCAGUGGAUGCGUGGACGCAUGCCAGGGCGACUCUGGCGGCCCGCUGGCUUGUGCGAAGGGUGAUGUCAGUUUCCUGUACGGGAUCAUCAGCUGGGGCGAGGGCUGCGACCAGCCGGGAAAACCUGGAGUUUACACCAGAGUGGUCAAUUAUCUCGACUGGAUCCAUUCUGUGAUUAAACGGAAAAACGGGAAGACAUGACAGUGUGUCACCUGGACUAUCAGCUCGAUCUUUUACUUGUAUGUUUUUAUACUAUUUUUGGAAGUAAAUAGAAAAUAUAUAUAUUUUCUAACUGUGAAAUACGUUGUGACUGAAUAUAUUUUAUAUUACUUGACAAACCGUGAAUCUUUAAGACCAAUAAAAGAGUACUUUA